AUGCCUAAACUUCUUCAUUACAAACAGCCACAGGCGCCGCAUCUACAAUCCAAAUCCCGCCUCUUCUCCCUGCCAGCAGAGCUACGUGUCAACAUCUUUACUCUAGCUCUUACCACGCCACGGAUUUAUUUGACUGUUAAGAACCUGCGGAAUGAGCUCUGUCUUGCCCUGGUGACGCCAGGUACUGGAGGCCUUGACGUUUACGUUAUUCGAGCUCAACGCCUGUUGAGCCUUUUACUGACCUGUCGGCGCGCGCACGCCGAAGCCCUACCCAUCCUGUACGGCAUCAACACGUUCUUGGUGGGUAACGACACAGAUUUACGGCUGCUGGCGCGGGGCAUGGGCGGGCCGUUUGUACGUCAGUUGGAGUUCUCCUGGACGCUGUACGAGGCGCCUAUUAGGCAACUGCGUAAGCGCUGGACGAGCUGGCUGCGCAGUGACCGGCUAGAGGAGAGGUGGCUAAAGGCGUGGGAGGAGAUUAAGCAUAUGGAACUGUGUUGGCUACAAGUAGAGCUGUGCGUACCGGGGGGAUGGAGGGACAAGUGGAUUGAGAGGGAGGCCGAGAUUUUACAUCCGUUAGUUGACAUAUUAAGGGAGGGCGCCUCAGGAGGGCUAACCUUAACCUGGGAGCGAGACGCAAACGCUAAUAUAGGGGCGGAGGAGUUGCUGCCAAAGUGGGAUGUUAACCGUCGAGAGUGGUGA